AUGACAGCACCAAUCGCUUCAGCUUGGAAAAUCAUUCCAUCCUUCGAAUCAAAAUCAAUACAGAGAACUCUUAAUUUCUAUGUCGACUUUCUCGGAUUCGAAUUAGGCGGGGUAAAGCCAGAGGACGGGCCAUCUUCAGAUUAUACUUUUUGCUCGAUCUUUGCAGGGGACAAAGCAGCGGCCAAUAUCUACUUCUUCAAACCUGAUGGUGAUGUCAAACCUGGGUCGGUAUAUAUCGCAUUGGGUACAGAGCAGUUGGACAUGCUGCAUGAUACUGUCAUUGGUCAGAGAAGUGAGGUGAUUGAAGAAGCGAUUGAAGAUAAGCCGUGGGGUUUUCGGCAGUUCGCUAUCAAAGACCCUGAUGGGAACAAGUUGACAUUCUUCAAGUUUCUAGAGGGCGGCAAUCCAGACACAGAAUAAUUCGAGGCGUUCAU